GAUUAGACAUAAAGAACGACAGUGAAAGAAAAAACCAGUAUCUCCAGUCUAUAGAAGAAAGAUGUCGACCGAAGAUUAUAAGUUUACCCUUGAAGCUAAAUACUUGAAAAAGGCGAAAGAUGAAUUGAACGAAAAUGAUAGCGAUAGAAUGGAUGCAAUAGAGGCAUUGAAAAAUUGGAUAAACGAACAAAAACAUCUUAAAUAUCCAACUGGCAAGUAUUAUACAAUCAAUCUUCUAAGAAUUCUAAGAUACGCAAAAUUCAGUCAAAUAAAGGCUAGACAAACUAUUGAAAAUGUUAUUCAGUUUGCUUUUAAAUAUCCCGAUAUUUUCUUUAAUAUCGAUACAACUGAUGAAACUUUCUUAAAGAUUGCUAAAACUGGGCAUUGCAUCCCUCUACCCGGCUACGAUGACGAAGGACGAAAAGUUUUAUUGUUUAGAUCAUCCGCCCUUCCUUUUGAACAUGCUUUAAAAGAAUACGGCAUAGACGCCUAUAUGAGGUCAUUUCGCGGUUGUUUUCUAUCUUUAUUUCAAGAUGAAAUGACUCAAAUUAACGGUGUAGUACUGAUUUUGGAUAUGACUGGUCUAUCAUUAAGAUCAAUGACUAAAAUGAACGAUCCUAAAUUUAAAUCGAUUGAAAAAGACUCUCAAGAAGCCAUUAUCGGAAGACUUAAAUCCUUUCAUUUCUAUAAUAUUGGAGGACUUUUUGAGGCGUUCUUCACUCUUUGUAAAGCUGUUAUGAAAAAGAAGCUUAUCGAGAGGGUCAAGGUUCACGUUAAUCUUGAAACCAUGUAUAGUUCUAUACCUAAAAGGAUGCUUCCGGAUGAAUAUUUAUCAGAUGAUUAUACUGGACCAUCGGCUGGUUCAAUUCAACAUCUCAUUGAUUUGGAGGUAAAGCGAUUAACAUCGGAAAAAUGUAGAAAUUAUGUUCAACAGCAAUUCAAAAGAGAAAGAUACUUUUACGAUCCAAAUUUAAAACCAAGAGAAUCUACAGUCGUUCAACAUUUUCGUAAAUUGAACGUAGAUUAA